UCAAAUUCAAAAAAUUCGCUUCGUCGUUCGGACGUUUUGCUCCGGCUCGAAAAAAUUGUUAUUUGCUGCCGAGAACAGCUGGACUUCGCUGCCCCGUGAAAGAUACAAGAUACAAAGAUACUGAAGUUAAACUGUCAUAAACAAGUUAUCUUGCAUAUCCACCGUGUGUCGUACGGGAAAUAAAAUAAAAAAACAUCGUUUUGCCGAUCCCCUAAAAAUUAAAGGGAGUUUCGUUAGGGUCGCGUGUAAAGUGAUAAGCAGUUGAAAGCAAAAAACAACUGUGGAGAAUUGCCGGGAAUCGUGGACCUUUUGCCAGUAAAACGCAGUGGUUCUACCAUCUAGUGGUCUCAGGAUCCGCCAUCUGGCCCAGAGAAUCAAAACAAACAAAUCAUUGCACAAACAGGCCCACAAUCGCAUAUAUACGCAUAUAUCUAUAUUCCUGGGAUAUGUACUCGGAUGUUCGUGAGUGGAUUGGUGGGUGUGUUGUUCUUGCCUUCGGCAUCGCGUGAAAAGUCGCGCGCGAAUUGUGCGGUAGAUUUAUGUCCGCGUUAAUUGGUUGAAGCUUAAAAUCUAAUAGCCAUUAAUCAAAGUGGGUGAACAAAUUGCCAAAAAGCAAGAUAGAAAAAAUAAACAUGUGAACAGUUUUAUGAAAUAUAUUUCGAAAUGAAAAUUGGUACAAGCUAUCAAGUGGUCAACUAAUAAAAUUAAAUAAUAUGGUAAUAAACAAACUUCACUCUGUUCAACAAAUAAUGUCAAGCAUUAGGUGAAAAUUUAUGUCGACAGAUUAAAAAACAAUAUAUCGCACUAACAUGUAAAAACAAAACAAAAGAAAAAAAUUAAAUUAUAAGUCAAAGUUUUAAAUAUUAAAGGCUUAUAAAGAAAUUGAGAUUUUCCAAACAAAGAGGUUAUGACAUCAAACUUCUUAAAACAAUAACGAUUUAUUACUUCACGUAAGGUUUGUUCUUUUUAUUAAAGGCAACACAAAGUUAAACAUUUUAACGAGAGCACUUACAGUUUCAUAAACAAAAAAAGCGAUUUAAAAUCAGAUAUAAACAAGUAAAAUUCCCUUUUAAUAAUAUUAAAACAAGGUAUUUUAAUUGUCAACAAGUGUCAAAACAUAAAACGGAAUAAGUAAUUGCCAAUCGUCCGACAAAGGAAAAUGCUUCAACACAAACAAACGACAAAGAAAAGUGCACAAUAAACGCGUGUGAGAAAAGCAACACAAAGAAAAGAGUAUUUCCAGAAAUCCGCCUACAAAUACAAUGAUUUCCGUAAUGGCCAGCCGAAUGAUCUUCAAUAUGCCUUGGCUAAUUCUGCUGCUAAUGGCUCUCACUGGGGCCCACAUCAGUGACUUGGGGGGUUCACCUAUGAUGACCACAGUUGCUCCCACUUCGAGUCACCGAAAUGCCCACCAGCAGCAGAGGUUGCAGCAGUUGCAGGAGGCGCAGCAACUGGAGUUCCAUCAUCAGCAACACCACCAUUUGCGGCACGAGCAGCACUUGCGGGCCGAGUUGGAGGGUAACCACCAGCCGCCAGUCGCGGACUUCGAAAUGGGUGCAUCCCAGUUGGCCUUCGACCCACAAUUGCCCAUGCAGCAGCACCACUUGCGCCACCACAACCGUCACCACGUAAGCUGGGAGCAGAGGGUCUUUCCCUCGCUGCGACAUCAGCCACAUCGCUUGGCCAUAGGAACCAGCACCGCCAGAAGUAUUGUCACCUCCGAGGCACCCACAACCACUCACCGCGGCUUGUCCAGCAAUCACACGCGCUAUUUCGACCGGGAUGGCAUCUUUCCCUCCUGGGCCGAACCUCGAUCCACCAGAGGUCCCAAUUGGCGGCAGGAAGUGGAUUCCAGUGACUCCGAGGAGGAAAGCGACGAGGACGACGACGAGGACUACGAGUACGAAGAUGACUCCGCUUCCAAUGGCGUCGAUGAAGAGCUAGCCCGACAAAUGCCCAGAUACUCGUUGUUCACCCAAAAACUACCCCACAUUGACCCGAAAAAAGAACAGGAUUACACCGCCUACGAUCAGUCGGACGAACUGGGCAUUGUCUCGAAUAGCAACCAUAACAAUAACCAUAACAAUAACAGGCAUCCCAGUGUGGCCAAUCCCCACGACAAGUCAUCCGGCAAACGCAAUAUAUUUGACUGGUUGUUCAAGCAAGAUGUGGAAAAGGCGGUAGUUAAAGUACCACACACCACAACUACAACUACAACUACGACAACCACCACAACCUCGACCACAACUCCGAAGCCUUUAACCCGCACUGAAAGGCCAAAACUCCAACUAAUAGAUGCCAACCUUAAAAGCAACGGCGGCGAAGAGGACUACUCGAACGAGGAUUCGGAUUCCGAGUCGGAGGAGGGCUUCUCCAACGAGCAGUGGAACAAAAUCGAGCACGAGCAUCACCUCAAGCAGCAGAAACACCAGAAGGAGCUAUUGGCGCUGCGCGAGAAGAGCCGGAAUACCCCUCUCAUCAGAAACUUUGAGAAUGAGGUAAGUGCUGCUAAGACUUUAGAAGACAACGAGGGCCAUGAUGUGAACAACAUUUACGCACGCAACCACGUAGCGGGAAAGCUAGCCCCGAAGAAGGAUGAGCAGUUGGGAACCCCCGAAGCGGCGCUCAAGGCGAGACGCCUUCACGCUCAGAAGCAGAAAAGCGAGAGAGCCCUAGCACACGCCCACAUGAACCAGGUGCUGAAGGAGGCCACCUGCCGGGUUCCCCAGAAGCGCUGUCAGCUGGUCCAGCAGGAUCCCUCGAAGAUCUACACACCCCACUGCACCAUUCUGCACCGCUGCAGCGAGGACAGUGGCUGUUGCCCGAGCAGGAGCCAAAUAUGUGCCGCCAAGAGCAUCCACAACGUCGAGCUGCAUUUCUUCGUGAAAAGCAGCAAGCACCGGAGCGUAAUCGAGAAGAGAACCUUUGUGAACCACACGGAGUGCCAUUGCAUCGAGCGAUCGAACUACAACGAAGACACGGCCAUGGCCAUGACCCACUACGGGCAGUCGGUGGUGCGGGCCACCAUACUGAGUUGCACCUGUCCGAAGAGCUUCGAGAAAAUCCUGCAGGACGACGGUCAGUGCCGGUGCGACUGCAGUUCCGGAAACUACGACUGCGAUUGGCUAAAGCGGGGCAACGAGCACUUCGCCAUGAACGAUCGCAAGUGCAUCCAGCAAGGCCGCUGCAAGCCGCCCACCUGUGAAUUCGGUCCCUACAUGGACAAACACGGCCGCUGCCCCAAGCAACACGAACAACCCGCCUAUAAUGCCAUGUCAUAGGCGAUGCGUAUCCCAAGUGAGGAGCACACAAAACCAGGAAAAGUAUUAUUCAGUCUGUGGCAAACUCAAAAACAGACAAGAAGGGAAUCUCGGGAAACGUUCCUUUCCUGAAUAGAGUAAAAGCAAAAAGAGAGACGUGAAUUUAGUUGCAUAUCCUAUACAAACCAACACGAAAGCAAAACGAAAAGAAAUCUAUUUAUACACCAGGAUGGGUCGAUUAGAAGAAAGCAAAUAUACUGAAUUUCUGAGAAAUCUUAAAAACAUUCAUUAAAUUCCUUUGAUAGUUCUUAAAAGCAAAAAUCUCUAAUACCAAACAGGUCGCUCUAACGUCAGGUUGACUAAGUUUUUUUAAUGGCACGCCAUUGUGAAAAUUAUUUUAGCUAAUGAUAUAUUUUAUAUUUAAACACCAACGAGUUUUAACUAAGUUUUAAAUUAAAACUGAAAGCUGAAUCAUAAGAAAAAUAUAUUAGGAACUGUCUUUAAAAUGGAUUACUCAUUAUUUGCUUUCAACAAAAUUGACCCUACCGAAAAUACACAUACUUAUUAUGUAAAUGAAUAUCAGUGAUUGAGUAUUAAAUGUAUUAAGACCACAACACUGUCUGUCCUCGAUCCGAUAAAAACACAAAAAGUAAUAUGAAGCUGUAGCGUUGUUUAUAAAUAUUUCAAUAUACGAGAUUCAUAAAUAAACCAGAAAGAAUUAUGUGUAUUUUAUGCGUAUGCUAAAUGAAAUUCCAAAUAUAUAAAUUGACUGCGUUUUAGUUUUAAUUAACUAAUGUUAUGUUAUUUAAUUAUAAUGAACAAACAAAAACAAAUCAUUAAAAUACAAAUUAAACUUAUAAAUUACCUAUAUAAAAGCAAAAAUAUUUUUCAUGUUGCUUAAGCUAAGUUUUAAAACGAAUCAAACAAAAAAAAUCAAACAAACGAAGAAUCAAAGCAAAACAAAAUGUAAGUUUCAUAUUUAAUUUCUAGUCAAAUUUAAGUUGUGUUUUUCUAAUGGCCACGAAUGUUUAAUCGAAUGUGAAUUCCGCCAUUUAAAUCACUAAAGCAAAAUACAUUCAAAGCGGAUAGCAUAAAAUAUAGAAACUAAUGCAUACAUACUGAGAGAUAAAUGUAUAAAUCAUCUGAACGUGAACUAGCACAUAACUCUUUUGCUUAUUCACUGCAUUUGAAAGCGAGAACUAAAAUUUACUAAGGAUUUUUUCAAUGUUGCAUAGGUACAUAUUCAGCGAACCCGACUUUAAAAAAAUUUUAUUUAUAUAUUCUUUGUGCACAGACUUUAUUUUAGGUUUACAUACUUAAUUGCGACACCAAGCACUGUAUAUAUAUUUUAUAAAAACAUACAUUUAAGCGGCACCCAAAGUAAAAACACUUUGCAAGAAUUAUGGCGAAAAUUAUUUCACCGAAAGAGAAAUGUUCUCGGAUAGCAUUUUGCAUUUGCAUAUUAAUGGCAUUUGCCUAAUUGCAAUUGAUGAGCUCAAUUAAUAAUUUCAAACGAUAUAAGGGGCUUUAAUUAUUGUGAAUUUAUUUACUAUUUAGCCAGAUUUUAAAUGCCAUUUUAUGACCUGUGCCUCUUUUCUGUUUACCCACUCAAUCACAAGUUUAUCAUAAUUUAAGGGCAAUCUGUUUGCUCAAGGUAAUGUAUUUAUUAAUAUUCGCACCCACUCUUAAAUAAGCAUACGCAUAUAGAAAAAGCAAUCUCAAUGCGACGUUGAAUGUGACUUGAAUUCUUCAAUAAAUCGGUGUAUUUGUUUGGAGAAACUACGUCAAGAUACCAAGCAAAAUAAACAAAAGUUUACAUUUCAAAAUGAUUUUAUUUACAACUUUAGGCAUAAAUUUUAAUGUAUAAAAAAUCGAAAGUAAGCACUAAGCUGAAAAACAAACAAAUACUAAUAAACCAACAUAUUAUUACUAUGCAAAAUCCAAAUAAAUAUGAAAGUGAA